GCCGCGGGGACGAGCGCUGCCCUCGAUCGCGUCUGCGUGCUCGCUCCCAGCCGUCGCGUGGUGGUCUUCCAUAUUGCCGCUGUGGCUCUGGAGAAUAUUGCUUGGGUUGCUUCGUUAAAUUUUAUUCUUUAAAGGGGGUGGCUUGUCUUUUCGGUUUAUAUUUUAAUUUAAUUCGACCAGUCUGCGUCUUACACUGAAGUGUAUUCGGUGUCAGUGUUGUGGAAGAGCGGGGAGAAACUACCUGUGUAGCCAGGAAGAGCACAUUUUGUCAUAAAGUGGAUGAUAAAUUUCGGGGUAAUUAACGUUGCUAAACCAGUAGCCGCUUGGGAUGAAAGGGGAAAUGGCCACUCAGGUGGAGACGGUCUUACCCAGUACUACUCUUAUGAAACGAGAGGAAUGCGAACAUGCAAGCAAAAUGAAGCCUGGGGACAGCUGUCUGGAGAUAGGGGCGAAGCAGACGGUGCUGGCAGGCGUGGAGGUAAAUGUUAAAGGGGCGAAGUCCGGCCGGGGAGGAUCCUCCGCGAGUGAGCAGACCGAAAAACGAGCCAAGGAGGAAAGUAACGUACGGGAGAAGGAAAGCCGUGGUAGCGACCUCUGUCACGCCGAAGAUGCAGACGAACGAGCCGAUGAAGGCAUAAAAUGCACCAAAAAGGAUUUGGCCGAGGCUCCCCCACCCAAGGCGAACCCCUGGACUAAGAACACGGUGACGGUGGUCAGUGUAAAUGGUCACGCAAACCAUGAACCAGUGCAACCAGCCAGGCUGGUGAAAGCAGGACCUUCUAGACCAAAGAGAGGUGGAAAGGCGGGGAACUUUGUGGAUGCUAACAGCUGGCCGACCCCCGGCGAGAUUGCAAGCAAUGACAUGCAGGCAUACAAGAAGGUCACAGAUACGAAAGAUAGAACGGAGAACGGAGACGAGGAGAGCAAAGAGAACCAAAAAUCUAAGUCUGAUGACUCUGGUGAGGAGAAGAAUGGCGACGGAGAAUCUCAGAAGAACCGCCAGAAAAAGAAAGGAAAUAAGCAGAAGUGGGUCCCUCUGAUGAUUGACAUGAACACAGCAGGUCCUGGGGAGCACUUGGCCUCCAGGAGCAACCGCCGGCAGAAGGACCCCCAAAGGAUGUCAUUCAGUCACAGGAACCAGCUGCAAGACUGGGACAGUGGGAAGGCGGAGCGGCAGGAGGAUCCAGGCGAAGUGGCCAGUGUGAGGAGCGAGGGCGCCUCCUUCCGGGGCGCUUUCCGAGGACGUGGCGGGGGCAGGGGACGCGGGAGAGCCAGGGGGAACUUUGAACAUCCACACGUCUCUAAGACCUACGAUGGCAAAGACGGAUACUGUCAAAAGCAGAAGUUCAACAGCACCGUCACCUAUUACUAUGACAACAUGAGCAGCAGUGACCUCUAUUCUGUUGACCAGGAACAUCUCAAGGAUUACGUCAAGAGACAAAUUGAGUAUUACUUCAGUGUUGAGAACCUGGAGAGGGACUUUUUCCUACGUCAGAAGAUGGACCAGAAUGGCUUCCUGCCCAUCGCUCUCAUAGCCAGCUUUCACCGUGUGCAAGCCCUGACCACUAACCUCAGGCUAAUUAUGGAGGCCUUGAAGAACAGCAAAGAGGUGGAGGUCAUAGAGCUGAAAAUCCGUCCACGAGAGGAGCCAGAGAAAUGGCCGCUACCCGGCCUCACUGUGCCAGACCACGCACAUACGGACUUCUCUCAGCUCAUCCAUUGUGCAGAAUUUGUUCCUCGCCAAGCCUCUGACAAACAGACAGAGUCUGCCCCAGGGUCUCCAAGAGCAUCCACUCCAGGGCAGUCCAGAACUGAGGAUCUCAGCAAUUUGAAGACUAUGCCCAAGGGGCUAUCUGCCAGCUUGCCUGACUUGGACUCAGACUCAUGGAUUGAGGUGAAAAAGAGGCCGCGACCUUCACCAGUAAAACCGAAGGACGUGGAAGAGGCCCGACUCCCAACUCAGCACCAGGAUGAGCCGGAGGAGUUGGACUUCAUGUUCGACGAGGAGAUGGAGCAAAUCGACGGGCGACGCAACACCUUUACCGAUUGGUCAGACGAGGAGUCGGACGGCGAGAUCGACGAUCAUGAUGUCAACAAGAUCCUGAUUGUGACUCAGACACCCCCUAACCUGCGCAAGCAUCCCGGGGGGGACCGUACUGGGAACCAUACCUCACGGUCCAAACUUACCUCUGAGCUGGCCAAGGUCAUCAAUGAUGGAUUGCACUACUAUGAGCAAGACCUGUGGAGUGACUCUUAUAUGCCUGAGUAUUCCACCAUCAAACAAGAAGUUGAGAAUUUCAAGAAAGUCCACCUGAUUAGCAGAGAGCAGUUUGACUGCUUGACUCCAGAAGCUCCUGUGGACCCCAACCAAGAAGUACCUCCUGCCCCCCCAAGACCCCAGCCAAUCCCCACAGAUGCUUUGGCAAAUAAGCUUUUCGGUGCCCCGGAACCGUCCUCGAUGGCCCGCUCUCUCCCAGCCACCGUGCCCGACUCUCCCAGCUACCGCGGUGCCCGCACACCUCGCACGCCUCGGCUUAAGGACCCCAGUCAGAUGCCCCGUUUCUACCCAGUGGUGAAGGAGGGGCGGCCCGUUGAUGCCAAGACUCCACGCAAGAGGAAGACUCGGCACAGUUCUAACCCUCCCAUGGAGUGCCACGUGGGCUGGGUGAUGGACUCCCGCGAGCACAUGUCCCACACAGCAGCAGUCAGCUCAAAUGCAAGUCCUUCAGAGGGAAUCCCAGCUACGGGAUACUAUGGCUGUUCGCCUCAAUCUCUGCCCAAAUUCCAGCACCCGUCGCAUGAGCUGCUGAAGGAGAACGGAUUCACGCAGCAUGUUUACCACAAGUACAGACGGCGCUCCCUUAAUGAGCGCAGGAGGCUGGGAGUCGGCCAGUCUCAGGAGAUGAACACUCUCUUCCGCUUCUGGUCCUUCUUCUUGCGAGACCAUUUCAACAGGAAGAUGUACGAGGAGUUUAAACAGCUGGCAGUGGAGGACGGCAAAGAGGGAUACAGGUAUGGCUUGGAGUGCCUUUUCAGAUACUACAGCUAUGGACUAGAAAGAAAAUUUAGACCAGAUAUUUUCAAGGACUUUCAGGAGGAGACAAUGAGGGAUUAUGAAGCAGGGCAGUUGUAUGGACUUGAGAAAUUCUGGGCAUUUCUCAAGUACUCUAAAGCAAAGAACCUGGCGAUUGACCCUAAACUACAGGAGUACUUAAGGAAAUUUAAACGGCUUGAGGACUUCAGAGUUGAUCCACCAAUGGAGGACGGCGGAGGAAAGAGACACCCGUCUGGAGGGGACAGCCACCGCCACCACAGCUCACGGCCCCCCAGGGCCGCCAGUCAGACCAGCCCGGUGCAGCCUCAACAGGGCCCCUCCACAGCUGACGCUGAAGCCAGAGUCCUCAUCCCAAGGGGGGCAACAUCCAACAGCAAGCCCCAGAAGUAACGGAUCCUCUUUGUUUCAGUUCUAGCAGUGAGGAGGUGCCUCUGGCAGCGGAAUUGCUGCAGAAAGAGGCAUUUACAUUGGCUUGUGAUCAAGGCUCUUCCUUUUAAAGACUAAUUGUUUUUAGACGUCAUUUUAUUGUGCACAGAAGACUGAAUGACUUCUAAAUGGACAACAGCAUCACAUUCUUUUACAAGACAUGCCAUUUAUUUUAAGAAUUAUUUUUUUUAUCCUGUUGCAUGGCUGUUUGGCACCUUUUUUAGUGCUUUUUUUGUUUUUGGUUUUUUUUUGGUUUUUUUUUUUCCGAAAAACAGAUUGUUCACCUGACUGGCUUGAAGCAGGAGUGAAUGAAUGACAUUUGCCUUACUUUGUGUGCUCUCCCCUCAGAAUGCCCGUCACUUUUGGAUGAACAUUUUGCUUGCAAUAUGCAAUAUCAGUUCUGUUCCAGUGGAAACUCUCGAAUUACCCACUUCACCCACCGUUCCCAGCUGCUCCUGUAGUACAGUCUUCCAGUCUGUUUUUUUUCUUCUACCAAUGAAUUACAGAGUGACUGGAUUUACACAUUCCACGCGAGAACUUGACGGAGACCACAAUCUACCUGAAAUCUUUGGUGCUAUUGAAUAAUCAUCUUCCAGCAACAAGAACCAAACAGCCAGACAGACAGACUGUAUCACUACUAGAUGUAGUGUGAGUGUGGUGUGUCACGUCCAGCUGUUGGCGGGUGGCAGGUCCUUGGCAGGUGUUUACAAUCCUCCCACCACAGGUUUCCUACAAAUAUACCCAGAUUCAUUGUCUCGCCAAAAGUGUGAAAAACUGUCACUUUGACAGCAUUUCCCAGAAAGAAAAAAAACAUGGUUUUGUGUUCGUCAGCCAUAACUCCCUUCCUGAUGAGAGCUGACUUAAGCUGUUCCCUUUUCUUUGAAUAUAUGAAAAUCUCUAUGAUCUUUAUGUCUAUUUUAGUCUGAUUUAUUUAAAUUACCUUUUUUGUUUUUUAUGGUCGGAGUGUAUUAACUGUCAUAAUUUUCAUUUGUAAAUGCAGAAAAUGUAAAAUCAAUCCUCUGGGAGGAUGUAACUAGGGAGGCCAAACCUGCUCUGGUUACCUGCAUCAGGUAGCGGGUCCUGACCCUAGGCCGCUCUCUGAAGGUUCGUCCCAUUCAGGGUCUUCUGUGAGAUCUCGCCUCAGCAUUGUGCUGUCACGUUCAAGGUGCUCCGGUAGUGCAUGGGAACGGAAGGACGACAUCCAUCAAGCCAUAACAAAAAGAUAAUUCUAUAAGAUCCAGUAUAUUAAUAGUUCACAACCAUUAAAUAUUUGGGAGCUAAAAACACCUGAUGGGGAAAAUAUUGAAAUGUAAAAUACUUGAGUGAUCUCUUGUAUCAUAAUGUCUGCUUUAGAGGCUGACAGUGAUUUGCUCCUAGUGUUUGUAAUUUGUAGUAAUUAUUCUUUUCCUUAAUAAAUGUAAAAUGUACCAAAAGGCAAAAA